UGAUGCCUUUUAGUAGUAGUAGUAGUAGUAGUAGUAGUAAACACAGAUGAGAUAUAAAUGUUUUUCAGGAGGGUAUGGGGUUUUGUAGAUGUGAUAAAUGCCGAGAUUUUAAUUGGGAGACAUAAAUUAGUGUUUAAUACAUUAUUGAAUUUGUUUGUACAGAUUGUAAAUAUCAUAUCGAACGUUUUACACAUUUGUGAGAUAUCUUCCAAAACACGUGGUGAGUCAUACGUUUGUAGAAGUGUUCAGGGACUAAACAAGUUUGCGUUUGGAUAAAAUUGCAUUCGUUUAUAUAAAAUUAAAUAUAGCAAUAUUGAGACAAAAUAAAAAUAACUAAAAAUGAGUGAUAUAGAAUCAAAUGAUCAUCCAAAAUGGUUGUUAGAAUUAGAAAAUAGGAAAAGAAAGCCUCGAUUGGCGCAUGAAGCUGGAGCUGGAGCUUCAUGUAUGAUUUGCAAAAGUACGUGUCCAGGUUUAGACUUACACUUUUGGAGAAAAACUUGCAAAAAUUGUAAAUGCAGUAAAGAUGAUCAUGAUGUGGACGACGAAGAUUUUCCUCAAUUUGAUCUGUUAUUUGGAUCCUCCAAAAAAUAUAAAAAAAAACCGAUAUUGUUGCGUAUACAUGAUCGAAAAGAACAUGCGCAAGAAGCAUUUGAAUGGAUCCCACCAGAUACAACAAAAGAAAUUGCUACAGAGUAUAUGAAAGCUUUGCCGAUAGAAAAAUUACCUAUUAAAGGUUCAGCUGGUGCAGCCUUAAGAAGGCAAUUAUUGCAAAAACAAUUACCUCUUCACGAUGUAGAUUAUAAAGUUUGCGAUAAAUUAACUGAACAAGAACAGAAACAAUUUGAAAAAUAUUUAGAAAAUAUAAAGAAAUAUGUAGGACAAGGAACAGUGACAAAGAUAUUAAGUGCGCGACCAUUCGAUCGGUUGCUAAUGACGCCCGCUAAUGCUACUGACAUGCAACCUUGCAGUCCACAAAAUAAACAUAACAUACAAUCGAACACGGUUCAAUUACGCACACCGAGUAGUUUCAUAAUUUCAAAAAGUCCAUAUAAAAAGGAUGCGCACUCGAAAUCAAACAAUUAUGAAGCAUCGUUGCCCAUUUCAGUAAUGGUAAAUAAUACCAGUACAACACCAGUGUUUGAAACACUUAAUACAAUUAGUAAUAAUUGUGAAAUAGCCAAGUCAGAACCAAUUAGGAGUGGAGUAUAUAAUAAGGGUAUUUCGUCAAUUAAUUGUCAAAGAGUUAAUAACAAUCAUCGAGAUAUUACAAGUAAAGAAGUUUCAAUCCCUAACUAUUCGGAAUGUUCAGAUCCUGAAGGUACAAUGCCUCAGAAUUCUGUAGAACAUUACGAAGAAGUACAUAACGUAUUAAAGAAUCCACCAACCUCUCUCUCGCAUUCAAAAUCAAUUAAUAACGAAGCGUAUAUCGCAGAAGCUAUAUUAGCGGAUGCUUUACUUCCUCCUAGUACAGUGCAUGCCAAUGACAUUAUUGGUAGUACAUUAGAUCAAAAGGGUUUGAAGUAUAUACGAGAGAAACUUACAAAUAAAUAUAGCAACCAAGGGAAUCAUCAACUGCAACCGUCGUGCAACGCGUACAGCUUUGCAAACGAUUUAGAUAACAAUGACUUAUUAAAAAAUAAUAUUUCACCGCAAAGCAUAAAUGCUGACAAUAAGAGUGAUAUAGCGACCAUUAUUACUGCCGCAAAGAACACACCCAAUGCUUUAACUCCGUUGAAAGGCAAAAUUCAAACAGUAGAAAAACCCACUAACGAAUCUAAGCGAACAGAAGCGGAAAAAGAAGUAAUGAGAAUGAAUUCGCAAAAGGUCCAAUCGACUCCUCUUGACGCGAUAAUGGCGCACUCGAAAUUAACAGCCGAUUCACUUACACCAGCCUCGUUACCACGAAUGUGUGAACAUUCCAAGAUCAGUAAUCAUCCGGCAAAGUUGAACAAUUAUUCGGUACCAUCCACUAUUAUCUACUCAGAGAAAUUACAAAAUCAUGCAUUUCCCUAUAAAAGUAUCGACAGUACGAACCAACCAGCAGACAAUUCACUGAAGAUAGAGCAGCUUAAAGAUGGUGUGGAAAAUCUAACAGUGGAUCCUGUUAAACUACAGAAGUGCCAUAAGUGCGAAGAAGUAAUACGCGUCGGUGAUGUCGCUGUAAUUACAGAAAAAGCUAAAAAUGCUAUGUGGCAUCCUGGAUGCUUUGUCUGUGACACUUGUAACGAGCUAUUAGUAGAUUUAGUGUAUUUUUACUAUAAAAACAAAUUGUACUGUGGAAGAGAUUUAUCAUCGCUUCUGGGAAUUCCUAGAUGUUUCGCCUGUGACGAACUAAUUUUCCUACGAGAAUAUACUGUCGCCGAAGGACACAAUUAUCACGUAAAACAUUUUUGUUGUUGGGACUGCGAUAUUCCUUUAGCUGGGAAACAAUAUACUACGGAGAGUGAUCGUCCAUUGUGCCUUCCUUGUUAUCAAAAAACAUACGCGAAAACAUGUAAUACGUGCAACAAGGUAAUCGCUGCAGAUCAACAAGGAGUAGCUCUGAAGGAUUUAAACUUUCACGCGACAGGAAGUUGCUUCUGUUGUCAUGUUUGUAACAAAAAUCUAUUAAAAGCUCGAACAGCGAUUAAAGAGAAAAAAUUAUUCUGCAGCAAAGAAUGCAUUGGAAAGUUUAGCCAACUGCCGACAUAGUAACUAAAUUAUUUUUUAUAUUUUGCAAUAUUUUUUAAGAAAAACGUACUACUUGAUUUCAGUGUAUACAGGCUAAUAAUAGAAAACACGGACCACUGAAAAAUAAAAAUAUUUUACAUGAUAUUUGAUAAGAAAAAUAUAUUUUCAAAUAUAUUUAGAAUAUUGCCAUUAAUUCUAACAAUUACAAAAUAUACUUAAUAAAAAUGUUUAUUUUAAUUAAACAUAAUCUAUAUACUCACGUUCUUUAUAUUAUUAAAAUGUACUAUUACUAAAGUCUAUAGUAUUUAUAUGAAAAGUUGUUUACAUCACAUGCAGUCUAAAUUAUUUAAAAAACGGCAUUAGCAUUUAUGUUAUUUCGCAUAAUGCCUUAAGAACUUACAAAAACUAAGUUCCAUUUUGUUUGAAAAAUGAGAAUUACAUUUCCGAAUGAAUUCAAUUGAUCCCGAUAUUACUGAUAAACAUUAUUUCAAGUACGACGUGUUACGUACAACACAAGAUUCUUUUUGCAGGUGAUCUUGUGAAAUCAAUUUUUAUAAGUUCGAAAGCAACGGAGAAUUACAUUCUGUUACGUUAACU